AUGGCCCGGUGGGAGCAGGGACGCAGCCCUGGCCCCUCACACCACCUUCCUCCCGCAGGUCUCUGGACGUUCCUGUGGUUCAUUGGCUUUUGUUUCUUGACCAACCAGUGGGCCUGGACGCAGGCUAAGGACGUGCACGUCGGGGCUGACUCGGGCCGCGCCGCCAUCACCUUCAGCUUCUUCUCCAUCUUCUCCUGGGGCCUCCUCAUCGCUUUCGCUUACAAGAGGUACAAAAUGGGGGUGGAGGACUUUGCUCACAGCUACGUCGACCCCACCCCGGAGGUUCCGAAUCCCUACUCCAGCUAACCCAACAUCAGACACGACAGCUACCAGCAGCAGCCCAU